AUGAAGGGGCGGAGUGACGCCGUGGAGAGGAAAGGGAGGAGCGGUUUCUUGGACGCUGACAUGGAGCCCAGUGGCGCCAACGGCGUGUUGCAGGGAGACGCGGCGCACCUUGACGGUGCCGCAUUGCCCACCGAGGAUGGACCAGGAAUGCCGCAGGUCACGGUUGACCCCACGAAAGAUUUGUGGCAGAAUAUUAUACUCAACACGAGGGAGAACCAAGUCACACAGACGGAGGUGAAUGUGUUGAUUGUUGGGACCUCCGGUGGUGGGAAAACCAGUCUCCUGCGUCGUAUUUUUUCCGGGGUGAACACCUCCAGCUCCUCCGUUCCCAAGAGUUUUCUUCGUGUGAAGCCCACAACCGCUCUGGAUUACUCCUUUGUCAGGCGUAAUGACCGGCACAUCGCACAGGUGGCACAUUUCUGGGAACUGGCGCAGGGAAUGGAGUUGUCGCAGCUUUGCGAGGUGGUUAUCACGCCGGAGAAUGUGCACACGAUGGUUCUGGCUAUUGUGGUCGAUUGUAGCGAGCCAUCGACCAUGUGGGAUACUGUGGUUUACUGGAUGAAACGUGUGGACCGCCGUGUGAUAGAAAUUUUUCAAAAGAUGCGCGCCAAGGGAUCGGCGACGCCGGACAAACUGCUGAGUCGAGCCAAGCGCCUGGUGGGCAUGGAACACCCCGACUUGAAUCGUCUGCGUCUGUCUGGGGUUCCAACCAUGAUCAUCUGCAACAAAUUGGAUGCCUUUGCGGGGGAAAUGACGAUGCUGAAGACUUUGGUUCGCUCCAUGCGUUUCGUUGCGCACAUUUACGGCGCGUAUUUGGUUUUCACAAGUGACGCGGAGGCAAUAAAGCUGCGUGCCGUAAUGAAUCACCUUGUGUUUGUAUCGACCUUUGAUUUAAAGCACAUUGAAUUGGAUCCCGAGCGCGGUGCCGUUCUAGUCAUUCCAAGCGCAGACACCUUUGCUGACAUUGGAGAACCGGCCGUGAGUGACAUGGGAGGCCUUCAGUCUACUGGUGACGCGGAACUUGACCGCUGGAAGGCGCCUCUUGACGCCAUGUUUCCAGCAAAACAAUCAGAGGGUCGGAUGCAGAACGACUCGUUUUUGAAGCGUCUUUAUGAUACCGGCGAAAACGGGUUCGGAGAGCCAACCGUAGACGCCGUGCGCAAGCAGAAGGAGGACGAACUGGAGCAGUACAGGAAGAGCGCAUUUAAGCGGGAAAAGAGCACCAAAGACGAUAGAGGCAAAUCGAAGGAAAAGAAGGAGAAGGAAUGA